AUGAUUCCACCCAAUGGCAACCAUCAAUCACACUACAGCUCCUCCCCUGGCCAAGCUAGCUUACCACUUAGUAUUUCGCCGCCGCCCGGCUUGUGGGACAUCAACCAGCUUGGCGCACCCCCUAAUGGCCAUGGUCCCCUUGGAAGCCGUCAUUCUCCUCACAGAACUCAAGAUCUUGACGGAAGUCAUCUCGGCAACACUCAUCACGGCGGUCUUGGUGGCACUCAUCACGGCACUCUCAGCGGUACUCAUCACGGUGGUCUCGGCAGCACUCAGCGCGGCGGCACUCAUUACGGCGGUCUCAGCGGAACUCAUCUUGGCAGUCUCGGCAGCACUCAGCGCGGCGGCACUCAUUACGGCGGUCUCAGCGGAACUCAUCUCGGCGGUCUCGGCAGCACUCAUCUCGGCGGUCUCGGCAGCACUCAGCACGGUGGCACUCAUCUCGGCGGUCUUGGCGGCACUCAUUUUGGCGGUCUUGGUGGCCCUCAUCUCGGCAAUCUCAGGGGCAGUCACAUUGGUGAUCUUGGCGAUUUCCGCUCCACCAAUGCUGCUACUGGUCAUGUUUCCACUGGCGAUACUCAUUACGGCGGCCCUGAUCUCGCUACUGGCAACCGCAGCGAUCCAAUACCCUCCAACCUCAAUCACCAAAGCGGUCAUGGUCUCCCCGAUGGGGCUGCCUCGCAGUGUCGCCAACAGCAAUCUUCCAACAGGCCCGGUCAUGCUGGUCCAGACCAAUCAACAAACGAGCCACAAACCAGUCCGUCUAACACCAACCAAGCAAGCAAUGCAACCGACCCAGCGAGAAAACAACCCAAACCUAGAAAGCCACGAAAAAAAAGGGCCGAAGGACCAGUUGAAACUCGAAGUAGCACACAAGCUGAUGACCCAACUGCAAAUGACUUGACCAUCCCUGUAGUCCCAACCCAGCGCGAAACAAUCACACGAUUCCUCAAUGACAACAACCCACCUCCACCAACCCCGGUAGCUGUGCAGCCAACCAUGGCUGAGUUCAUGAAUAAGACAACUGCCGAGAUACGCAAGAUUGCCCAUGAUAAAUCUAAGAGGGUCAUGACAGCGGAGGACGAGGCCUUUUUCUUUAAGUUCUAUGAACAACAACAGCGAGAACUAGCUGCCGCUGCAGCUAAACGACAUGUGUCUGUUGGCAUGGUCGAAGACCUGUUGGGCCGGAAGCAGGCUGUUCGUGACCUCUCAAGUUGGAAUAAUUUCCAAAUAAAAUAUGGAAACUUGUUUCGAGGAAAAGGGAAGGGUGUUGGAGGAUCAACAGCUAUGAGUGAACUGUCUGCCAUGUGGAAGGCUAUGACUCCAGAAGAACAAGCUGCUUAUGAUACUGAAAAUCUUGUCGCCGGCAAUGAAGAUCAAGAUGUUGCUGGAUUGCGAGCCAACUCAGAAUCCCUUCGACAGGCUGAGAAGCGUGUUGAAAAAUGGAUGAACACUUGGCAAAAAAAAGCCGUCCAUAUUGCUGCAAGCAAUCAUUGUGAAAUUGUCAUUUUUGCAGUGUCAACCCACCUCUGCGAUUACAGUUUCCAGACCGUGCGAGCCACACCAGGUGCAGCUGAAUUUGUCCGAGAAAUUACAUCCACAGAUGGAUUGAGAAACUACCAAAGCCGACUCCAAGCAUUUCUGACUGGUGCCCAAUUAAACAACAUAUCAGCUAGUCUUGGAAAGAAGAGAACUCAAAAAUGUAAACCUAAGGCUGAAGUUGAUACCGCGCGCAGCAAGCUCAACGAACUGGUUGAUCAAGCUACUGAUGGAAAGAAAGACAGCUGGUCGUGGCAAGGAUGCGAUGACGCACUGGGCAAGCUUGGCUAUAAAGUUGUGUUCAUGCCAGGACAUGUUUCGCAGGCUGAUUGGAUCAAAUCAUACAGCAACAGCCUCCGAGGAACUGAGGCGAAGUUAAUCAUUGAAGAUAUUGACAACGGACUGAUCCGAGUGAUCCAAGAUCAAGACGCCCUGAUUGGCCGCACUCGCAUCAUCAAACAGAAACCUCAACGGCAUGACUCUUUGCAACCGGGAACUACCAAUCAGCUUAGUGGGGAAGACGGCUCAGCUCAUCGCCACCUUCUACCUUCUAAACGCAAGCGCCAACCACCAAAGCCCAAACAAAAAUUACCAAGAACAAGACCAGCACCUAAAAAACAGCGUAAGAGGGUCCGGGCCCCUUCAUUGACUGCCGAAGAACGAGCUCUAGAUUCAUCCUUCUCUGAACCAUCCGCAGUUCCUAAACGUCGAAAAACUCGACAAAUCGUAGAAUCGGACUCUGACAGCCGUCGCCUUCUCGACAUAGUACCUCUACUGUGCCCGGCUCGUCUAACGAAGGCCCGCCCGAUUCGAUCAUCCCACAUCCUCUUCCCCCACUGGGCCAACCUUGCAGAACGAGCCCGCCCAUCUACCCCUCUACUCCAUUCCAGCAAGCAGGAACUGACGUUAAACAUCUUAUUUUUAACCCUCUCCGCCAUUGAAAUCGCCUUCUCGACUUACUACCUCUGCUGUGCCCGGCUUGUCCAACAAAGGCCCGCCCGAUUCGAUCAUCCAACCUCCUUUAUCCGCACCUCCAUUGAUCGCAUCGUCGGCAGCGAUCUGGGACCAGCCCACUCGGGCUGCUCUUCUCACUUGACCAACUCGGCUUCUGGUUCACCCUCUGCUGCACAUCGACAACCCACAGAGGCACUCUUAACGAUCCCUAAGGUCUGGCUCCGGGCGCUUUACUAG